UGUGUGUGUGUGUGUGUGUGUGUGUGUGUGUGAGAGAGUCUUUGGAGAGAGCGCUAAAGUUGUGUGUGUUUGGUUGUUGUGAAUAAAGACAGCAAACAUCUAGGAAAAUUUCUGACUCUACCUGUCAUUGUAUGAUCAUGAUGAACAGUUCCAAGUUUCUUCAUAAUGGAUUUCUAAAUUCACUGUGGUGUCAAUGACACUAGAGCACUCCAACAAACUUGUUAUUGUUAUAGUUAUUAUAACAGUGCCAAGAAGAUGUUACAAAUGUAAUUUUCCUUCAGUGAAGUCACAUAAAAUGUCAAAUUUUUUGUCUUUAUGAAUUGUAUGAUUGUCUUUCCAGUUGUCCUUUGUGCUUUUUCAGCAGGUCUUUAGUGUUUAACAUGUGUUCAGAAAGACUGCAUCGCUGUAAUGUCUUAAAGGUACAGUCUGCGAGUCUUAACCAAUAUACUUUUUGGUCAGAUGCAGUGAAUUGCUCCUCACAAUCCACUGUCUGUCCAUUUUGCGUGUGCACUUAAAAAACACCUCUGCAGUUGAGGAAGGCUGCAUUUUGACUUAGAGAGAUUCUGGCUGGAAAACAUCUACUACCCUUUAAGUGCCCUUUUUUAAUAUUGGAAUCUCUUGCACCUUUUAUAUAAAAGGAAGCUGUUGCCUGAUGUCAAUGCAGACAAAAUAUCAGAAUGCAAAGCAAAUUAAAAAAAGUUUAUGAAGAACAUCAUACCUGAAGUCUGUCAAGUAUUGUCCUUAUUGGGUUGGACUUGACCUUAGUGGGGAAAGAGUUUCGUUUGAGUUUUCAAUUUCUAAUGUAAAGAGCGGGCUCCUUUGUGUUUUCAUAUGCGGUAGCCUAGUUUGGUGUUGGGACCUCCUGCCAUCAUUUUUUUCGCAUGCUGUGGCAAGGAUAUGAAAUGUAGGCUACACAAACUAAGAUUACAUAGAAUAGGCUACAUGAUUUUACAUCACUGCUAUUAUUCUAUAAAAUGCCAAGUGGCUAUAUCACGUGUCUUUUGUGUGUGUAAUACAUGAAAAAGGAAAAGCCCCCUUUUACAUUUCUGAUAUUUCGAGAUCAUGUAUUUCCAUCCAUACACUCCAGCCCAGUAAGUGGCGGUAUAGGAUAUGCUAUUUCCAAACUGGCAAAAUGCCCUCAGAUAAUGCAGAUGCAGAACAAGCACUGGGGAAGUUGUAUACAGAUCCAUGGACAUGGGUUGAUUUCGUUUCAUUGCCUCCUGCCACUUUAUUGGUGAUUUAUGAUUUGUUUGUGGCGAUAUUGUGUGACCACACCUUGAAAUAUUUUUACCGAGUUUUACUCCAAAGAAGAGACCAAUUGUCAAGAUGUUAACCGCUGAGCUUCUUGAGGAACAGGUCGCAUCAGUGAUGGCGACUUUGACGAAAACAGCGGUUACGGAGAUCUGUAAAGUUAUAGACAGUGGGUUCGCUGAGGUUAGACGAGAGGUGUGCCUCAGGCAAAGUGAAUUAGAAUCCCUCCGAACCAAAGUCCGAAGUCUGACAAGCGAAAGGAGAGGUACAACAGCAUCCGUGGAAUGGAGCAGCGUUAACAAAACACCUCCUCGCCGCUCAGUCGCUGUUCAAGUCUCGUAUGAACAAGGGGUAGCGGAAUGCAGCACAUUAAUGGACACCCAAGCACAAGGUGAGGCUGUUGUUGAGCUGAUUGUGAAAGUUGAAGGCAGGGAGGAGCAUGGAACCCAGGCGACCAAUCAGAGUCCAGGAGAAGACCCAGCCUUUGGUUGCUCAGUGUCAAGGGGGAGUUUUCCUCAGUGGGGAGAUGGGUCUUCACAUAAAGGCACCACCAGCUGUAGCUACAGAGAGUACCCUUUCAAUGGCCCAACCUUUUCUCCCAGCCAAUCAGAUACCUCCACAGAACCACGUCCCGGACCUCACAGGGCCGAUCAGCUUCAUGCACAUGCAGCCCCGCUGCACAGACACAGUAGUGCUUUGCUUCCUGCAGCCUUAGGCCUUGUCAAGAAAGAGGAGGAAGGGGAGGGUGUGGACACCCCUGAGGUGGAGAGAGCUGAUACAGCAGGACAGACACAUGUACACACACACCUGCAGAGCCACCUGUCAGGGGCAGAGCUUGAUGCACACACACACACUCCCGCACUCGUCCAGAAACAUGAGGUGCAGCAACGAUUGGAGCGUGGUCAGGUAGGAGGGCAAGAAGGUGAGGAGGAGAGGGGACUGUUCCGGGGCCCCACCCAUGGAGAGGGUUUCCUUCGUUACCAACAGCUGCAGGCUCAUGGAGAAGAACGCGCUGGAGAGAGGGGCACCAAAUGUGGCACGACACCUGCUAAUGCAGCCAUUCAUAGGAAAUGUCCUGCUAAAGAAUACCUCAACUGCUCGGGAGAAAAGCACUGGCAUUCUGAGAUGGAGGCAUUCUCAGAGCAAAAAGACCUUAACACACAUCUCACACACUCUUCCUCUCCGCUCACACACACACAUCUAGCAUACUCUUGGGGCUCUGUGUCUUCUCACACACACACACAUCUGACACACACUCAGGACUCUACCUCUGCGCUCACACACACACAGGAACCUGAGGGGUUUGGUGACUUACAGCUGGAGCUGAAGGCUGAGCAGGAGGAGGAGGAUAAGGUGGAUCAGAACCUCCAUACAAUCCCAUCAUGCCCACCCCCAAAGCCAGCACUAUCCUCUCCUGACUCACAGCUGCCAUUGUCCUCCAGCACAUUCUCUGAACCUUCUUCUUCCUCUUCUACUCUCACGCUGGCUCCCAACCUCUUAUUCGUCACCACAACGGAAGCCAUGACAACCGCUGAGACACCAACGGCUUCCCCGAUACAUCUCUUCCACUGCUCGUCCUGUCCCAAGAGCUUCCCUCAGGAGACAGCAUUGAAGCGGCACGAGCGCUCCCACUCAGACGACCGUCAGUUCGGCUGCGAUGUUUGCGGCAAGAGCUUUAAGAUGCGCUGCACCCUACAGCAACACAAACUCCUGCACAGCGGCAGCAAGCCUUUCGCCUGCCAUUACUGCGGAAAACGCUUCGCCCAGGCUUCCAAUAUGAAGACCCACCAGCGCAUCCACACGGGAGAGAGGCCCUACCUGUGCCCCUUGUGCGGGCAGACUUUUAAUCAGCACAGCCAUCUCACCACUCACCAGAACCGGAUGCACCAGAUACUGCACAACAGGAACACAGCUCAUGAGCUCCUACAGAGAGACUCUCCACCCUCAUUAUCACUGGCUACAGAGCAGGCAUCGCUGUCCUCACUGUCGUCUCCACGGGACAAGUGUAGCUUCCUGUGCGUAUAAUGCAGGAAUAGCUUCAACCACCUGAGCCACCUGGACCGCCAGCGCCGCAUCCACAUGGGCAAACGUCUCUAGGGCUGCCCUGUGUGCGGGCGCUUCUUCACCCAGAAGGGCCACCAGCGCACGCACACCGGGGAGAGGCCCUACCGCUGCCCCCGCUGCCUUUGCCACCUCCAGCGCUGGAGC